AUGGAAGUGAUACCACCACCACAGCAACAAGAUCAACAACAACAGGAUCAUAAUAUGGAGGUGGAAAAGACUAAAGAAGCCCUGAAGCGCCCCCACCAACCGGAGGAAGAUUCGUCCUCGUCCGAUGAGGCGGCGGAGGAGGAGCAGUCCUCGUUGAAACGACGCGCCACCAUUCCCCGCAACAAUAAUAACAACAUAAGUGAUGAUCAGAUUAAUGGAAAUGGUAGCAAUGGUGGUAGUAGUACUCUGACUACAGAAGGAUCCUCUGUUUCUUCCAUCAGUACUGAAAAUUCAUCGUGGGCUACCAGCGUUGAGUUUGAUUCAGCUCCCAAGAGUACUAAUUCUGCUGUUGAAUCCAUUAUUCCUGAGGAAGUUGCCUGGGAUGGUGAUGAAAAUGACGACCAGAAUACGCCGCCGCCGCCGCCGCCGCAGGAGGAGGAGAUGGAGGAUUCGUCGUGGAAUACCAGCGUUGAGUUCGAUUCAGCUUCCAAGACUAAUAAUAAUGAUUCUACCGUUGAGCCAAUUAAUAUUCCCCAGGAAGAAGUCGUCAACGAUGAGGAAAAUGGUGGCCAGGAACCGCCGCCGCCUGCGGAGGAGGAGGUGGAAGAUGCGUCGUGGGAUACCAGCUUUGAGUUUGAUUCGGCCUCAAAGGGUAACAGUAAAACUGUAGAAUCGACUGUUACUGAGCCGCCACCUUCGACUGAGGAGCAGGAUUCAUCGUGGGCUGCCGGCGUCGAAUUUGAUUCAGCUUCCAGGACUACUACAAAUACUGGAAAAUCCAUUGUUACCGAGGAAGUUUCAUGGGAUUAUGAAAUUGGUGAUCAGAAGCCGCCGCCGCCGCCGGAGAAGCUGGAGGUGACGGAGGAGAAGACAAAGGAGGUUGGCAGUUCCUCUUACAGUAAAAGGGAAGAUAAGCAGAUAGCCAUCCCGGCAAAAGGAGCGCAUGAUGAAAUCGACUGGUCUCAACUGAAUGUUAAAAGGGAAGAUUUGGCUGCAAAGUUCAAAGAUGUGGACAUUGACCUACUCAUCAGCAAGGCAUUCGAUUGGAAAGAAGAUGAUGUUAAACAGGUUGAAUAUCGUGAAUUCGAAGGGUCAACUUCAGAGGAUAUAACCUUGAAAGAUGGCGAAAGAGUGAUCUACGAAAUGGAAGAAAGUGAUGAGGAAGUUGUGGAACUGGAAUUUGAGAGGGCGGUUGAGAAGAUUCACACUCACGAUGGCUAUAAUAUGUACUGUCCAAACUGUAGCAGCCAAAUCACGAGGGUGGUUCUUCGUCGAAAAAUCAGGCAGAGGAAGAUUCUACUUGCAUCAGAGAAAGGACGCCAAGAUUUGUUGGGAUGUUUAUCAUGUUUCAGCGUCUUCAUCCCCUCAGGUGAUAAACUCAAUCCUAUUAGAAAAAUUUUCGGACGUGGUAGAGACCGUGACCAGACUGUUCAGCUUCAAGAAGAGCAGCUACCGACAUCAGAUGUCCCCGCGCCAACACCAGAUGGGGCCGUGCCUGUGCUUGCGCCAGCGACCGUACCUGUACCUGAUGCCACCGAAGCCGAGGGAAAGAAAUUUGAUUGUUUCUGGUUCUUCAAGAAGAAAAGAGAACGUGAAGAUGAUUUAACCACCCCUCUGCUUCCAGCACCAGAACCGGAACAAGAACCAGUACCGGAACCAGCACCAGCACCCGCACCAGCACCAGCACCAGCUACAACAGUUUCCACCACUGUAGUCACUACUGAGACAAAAGAUGAAACAAUUGAGAAAGUUGUCAAAACACGCGAAGAAACCUUUGAGAUUCCUCGAGAGCAGCCAACACCAGAAGAAACCAUUGAGAUUCCUCAAGAGCAGCAGCAGCCCACUAUUGAUUCAUCGAAAACCACAGAAAAGGGAUUUGAUCUAUUCUGGUUUUUCAAAAGGAGAAGAGUUGAGGAUUCUGAUUUAACUAUGCCGCUGAUUCCAGCUGCUGCACAGAUACCAUCUACCACCACUAUGUUUACGACCACAACAACUACAGUGACCACUAAGACGACAGAUGAGGCCAUUAAGCCAGUUACUCCUCCCCACACUACAGCUACUCCUACAGAAAUACAAAAUACCACUACUACUGUCACCUCUAAGCCUAGAGAUGAGGUCAUCCAGCCAGUUACUCCUACAGCAAUAGAAACUACCACUACAGUCACCUCUAAGACAACCGAUAAGGUCAUUGACCAAGUUACUCCUCUCUCUACAGCAAUAGAAACUACCACAACUACAGUCACCUCAAAGCCUAUAGAUCAAUCCAUCAAGCCAGUUACCCCCGAAGCAAUACAAACUACCACGACUACGGUCACCUCUAAGCCAAGUGAUGAGGCCAUUGAGCAAGAAGAAGGUGCUAAACAAGUAGAAGAGCGUUUACCUGGUGAUUUCAAGGAGACAUUUGUUGAUAACAAGGUCGUUACUACUACAACAGUUGAAGAAAAGACUGUGCAAAAGGUUGAAGGAGUAGCUGCUGCUGCUGCUGCUGCUGCUGCUACUGCAGCUGCUAGCGCUGCUGCUGCAGUAGAAAAGGUUACUCAAACUAUUCCACCAUCAGAUUCGGUGCUUGAUGGAAAUGUGAUUAUUGAUGUGCGCGAAAAAUCUUGGUACAUGUUUAAUGGAAUUCCUGUAAAUGAUGCAGAAGAAUUUAUCCGGCCACCAAAAGCACCUGCACAACCAGAACUCGAGGUUAAACAAGAAUAUCAGCCUCCAGGUGAUGUGAGAAUUUCAAUUUCGGAAACACCUCCUGUAACUGAAAUCCCAGCACCAGCAGAUACUGCAAUUGCUGUAACAACAACAACAGAGAUUAUUACUGAAUCAAGGCCUCCUGUGGUGUUGGACAUAUUGAAGAGUAUUGUAUAUGGAGGUUUAAUGGAGUCCACUAUAAGCUUGGUCAUUGUUUCGAUAGCAGUAGCCCUGAAUUCCACUACAAUGAAUGUUGUGGCUAUUGGAUUGGCAUGUCUAGUUGGUGGGUUCUUCCUCCUCAUCCAUAAUCUGAGAAUCUUGAGAUAUGGACAUCCUACUCAAACAAAUGAUCAGAGAUACUAUGACCAUCUUGGAAGGAAAGAGCUCUUUCCUCUGCAUGUAACAGUAGCCAUGGCAUCCUACAUCAUAUUCGGGCUACUUCCACCUGUGCUAUUCGGCUUCACAUUCCGCACAACAGAUGAUCGCGAAUUUAAGAUGAUAACAGUCGCCGCGGCUGCUUUCCUGUGCAUUGCUGUUCUUGCGAUCGCCCAAACAUAUGUACGUGGAGAACGUACAUUCACAGCUUACUUCAAAACCGUAUUGUACUAUGUCAUUCUUGCAGCCAUUGCCGCGGGAGCUGCAUUUGGCAUCGGUUACUUGGUUAAGGAUCCUUUCCCCUGCCCAGCUGUUUUGGGAGAGAUGUGA